AUGGCGGACCUACGCAGCUCGUACGUGGAGAGGUUCACGAAGGAAACCAAAACCCAGAUAUCACUCUGUAUAGAUGGCGGGCCGCUCGAUGUCUUACCCGAUAGCCACAAGGUCUUCGACUCGUCGAGCAUCCCUGGUCAAAAAGACGAACACCAUGCAUGCCAAUUUUCCCCCUCACAGCAUAUCUGGGUAUGGACCGGUGUUGGGUUCCUAGACCAUAUGCUACAUGCGUUGGCCAAACAUGGGGGCUGGAGUCUACGGGUUCGAACUGUUGGUGACCUGGCCAUUGACGACCAUCACACCACCGAGGAUACAUUCCUUGCGCUCGGAGAAGCUCUGUCAAAGGCUUUGGGAGACCGAAAGGGAAUCAAACGAUUCGGCAGUGCCUAUGCCCCAUUGGACGAAGCACUCGCGCGUGCAGUCAUAGACAUCUCAUCACGCCCUUUCUUUGCUGGUGUAUUCGACUUCAAGGAUGCAAAGAUUGGCAACCUUACCACUCAGAUGAUCCCCCAUGGGCUCCAGAGCUUUGCCCAUACGGCUGGUGUCACUUUACAUGUCGAUGUGCUGAAGGGUGAGAACGACCAUCACCGUGCUGAGGCUGCCUUUAAGGCACUGGCGGUUGCUAUCAAAGAUGCCACAGCAAGAGUUGCUGGGAAGGAAGGCGAGGUGAUCAGUACAAAGGGAGUUUUAUAG